AUUUUUUUUCUUAAAUUUACCAAAACAGACUAAACAAUGAGCUUUCCAGUUUCUUGAUGUCAUUCUUAUUAAUAUGGUCUCUUCCCCUUUUGCUUUUUCUAAAUUUUGCAAAUAAUAUAUGCUCUUUUCCGCGAAGAGAUCUUGAUUAUCUAGGGUUUUAUGCUAUGAAAAUAAACACCCUGAUAUGUCAAUCUCUGUGUAAACAACUCUGGGGUGGUUUUGUUGAGUGAAUCUUUCUAGGGUUUUCUGUUUGCAACUUCUUUUCUUUUCUACUGUACCUCCUUUGUAUUUAGUUCCUUUCCUAAUCACUGGUUGCCAUUUGCUGUUUAAAUACUUGAUAUAUUUUCUUUGCUUCGUCAUCUUUUUUUUACUGUAACGGAAUUUUCCAUAUCCGGGUGGGUGAUUUUUGUAUUGUAGUUAGUUCUGUAGAUCAUUUCUGGGUGUGUACUAUUCUUGUCAAAUUUUGAUAUUUUGAGCUCGCUAAAGCAUUUUUAGCCGUUCUGCUGGUCUUGUAAAAGAAGGGUAGAGCUAGAUUUCUUUAGAGCAAUCGCAGGAUUUCUGGGGUUUCUGCCUUAAUCUUUGGAAAUGGUGAGAGGAAAGAUUCAGAUGAAGAGGAUCGAAAAUGCCGCAAGCCGACAAGUGACCUUCUCGAAGCGGAGAAAUGGACUUUUGAAGAAAGCUUAUGAGCUAUCCGUUCUAUGCGAUGCAGAAGUUGCAGUGCUAAUCUUUUCACAGAGAGGAAGGCUCUUUGAGUUCUCAAGCAAUGACAUGGAAAAGACCAUAGAACGGUACCGUAGAAAUGCAAAAGAUAAGGUGCAAGCUGACAGCGUUGAUACAGAACAACGCAUUCAGCAACAAAUUAGCGAAUCCACAGAGAUGGUGAAGAAGAUCGAGCAACUCAAAAUUUCGCAGGGGAAGUUUUUGGGACAAGGUUUGACUUCUUGUUCUGUGGAAGAGCUCCAAGAGAUACACAACCAGCUAGAGAAAGGCUUAAGCAAUAUCAAAGAAAGGAAGGCUGAGUUGUUCAAGGAGAAGAUAGAGCAACUAAAAGCGCAGGAAAGGCUCUUGCUGGAAGAGAAUGCAAGUUUGCGUGUAAAGUGUGGUGAGAAGCCAUGGCCGCAUCCAACUCAACAGAAAGAAGCUGUGACAUACUUAAGCUUAAAUGGGAAGAAUUCAGAGGUGGAGACUGAAUUGUCCAUUGGUCUUCCAGAACCAAAAAUGCACUGUUUGUAGUGGUCAUUAAAAGCUUGUUCUUAUAUAAGAAAAAUUUGAUAAUCCUUUAGAUCAACAUGAUCAAUUAAAGUGUAUAUAUAAUUGAAAUAAUAAAUAUGUUGAUCUGUAUGAACAAUAAAAAUUUUAUAUAAGAUUUGCUAAACUUGUUCUUAUAUAAAGAUGAACUUAGAGUAGUUA